AUGAGGCUCCACGGCGUCGUAUGUCUCCCUCAAGAUCCGAAAUGUAUCACGACUCGGAUGAGGAUCAACAGACUCUUCUUGACCAGGCCUGCCUCGGCAGCGCGUUUGUCCUCCGCACUGGUCCUCCGCGCCGGAACUUUGGACGUUUCCGCUUCCGGCCAAAUCCACCUGGUUCAGCUUGCCGACACUGUCGCAAUCAUCAUCGCCAUCUUCGCCCUUCUUGCAGACGUAAGCGGUGACGGUGAAACCGAUGUGACUUCGAGGACUGGAGACAUGGCGCACCGACGAACCGAGCCGAUUGUUCAGCCAGAUGGUCGGCCGUUGUGGAGGCCUUUCGACGUAGAGGGCAGGCGAGCAGAACUCCAGAAGAACUACAUAUCAACCCUCUCGACAGUGCCAGCAAGGGCACAUCAAGCCAGCGCAGCGUCGCCCAGGAGUCACGUUAUCCACAACGCUACCCACGUCAAAUCCUCAAACGCACCCACACACGGGAACAAAUCUGCGAUAGUCUACAAGGAGCUCAAGGAUCUCGAUAUCGCCCGCAUCACGGCGCGGGGAAGUAACGGGGCUGCUAGGAAAGCCGGCAUCUUCCAGUGCAAUCGCCAAGGCCCCAUCGGCGAGCGCGAAAUGCAGGACGCAGAUGCAGACGCGGACGAGAACGCGGCCCAACUCUGGAUUUCGCGCAUGCUUGCGCUCUGCAGAGCCCUGGUCGAGGACGAAUCGCCUAUGCCCGAGGCUCUAGGUGACUUCGGUAUCGUGAGUCGUCUCGAAUGCGUGCGACAGGCCGCCAAAGAGGCUUUGACCGUUGCGGGAGAUGGCGAUGAUCCGAACAGCAUGGAUGUGGACGUGUGA